AUGAUCGCAGAGGUGCUGCUGCAUCUACAUGGUGUGCCCUCUAGCCUCUUUCCCUCCCCCGACGCGCUGCACCCCGCACUCCAAUCCUUGCUGCACCCAGGCGAGGUAUGCCAGCUCCUGUUCCUCUCCUCUCUGGCAUCCGAUGCUCACACUGCUCGAACAUGGGCCGAGGAAGUUCUGCGCUCAGCUCGGAGUGCCGCCAGGAGAAGAAGGAGGCACGUGGCCAAUCCUAGCGACUUGGAUGCGGAUGGCCAAGCAGAGGAAGAGGAGGAGGAGGAAGACCACGUCGCCUUUGUCGAUGGCGCUGAGCAGGCAGCUGUGGCCAGGUCGAUGCUCGCUCGUUUGGACAUGUGGAGAUCAGCAGUGAGCCAAGUGCAGAGAGCGGUGCUGCAAGGCAAGGCGGCAUCUGGACACGCUUCCAAGCAGCAGCAGCCUGCGAGAGGCAAUCACGUGGAUGUUGACUUGGAACUGCAGCACUGCUCAUCCCUCGCCGGCGUCAGGGCAGCGCUGGAGCCGUGGUGCAGACCUCUGAGCAACUUGGCUGAUCUGGCCUACGUGCUCAAUCAAGCGCGCGGGGGCGCGGGCGCGGGCGCGGGCGCGGGGACCUGGAUGGCGGAUGCAAAGCGCACGGCGGCACGCCCUUGGCCCCCGGCGCAGUUGCUGUCGCUCUUGGCGAUGCGCACGCAGGCGUCGGUAGGUGCGACGCGCGAGCACAUGCAGGCGCUCCUGGACGCUGCCGAGAGCGUUUGGCUUCGUCGGGUUCGGGGUUGGGUGUGCCACGGGCGCGCCAGCGGCCUGUUCAUUCGCAUCCGAGCGGCGGAUGGACUGAAUGCUGUGGCAGCAAGGCAUGUGGAUGUGGAUGUGGAUGUGGACGCGCAAGCGCAAGCAGAGCUUCAUCGACCUGCUGCUGCUGCUCAUCUGGCGGCAGGUUUGGAAGAAGAUCGACAGGAAUGGAGCUGGGCGCCCAACGCUUGUCCCGACUCCCUCGAUCCUCACAUCGCAGAGACCAUACUGGGCAUAGGCAGGGCACUCAGAGCGCUACCGGCCAGCGUGCGAGUGCCGAGCGUCAUGCGCGACCAGCAUCUCGCUCUGCUUGGCCCACAAGACCAAGUCAGCCCCGCCAACAGGCAGCUAGAGCUCAAGUUGAGACUGGACAGGAUACGCGACGAACUGGCAGAGUGGAUGUGGGGAAAUGUUCUCACUCCGGAUCAGGUCAUGGAGACUGUGCAGAUGCUGUGCGUCGUCCCUAGCGCUGUGCACACCUCAACGCGCUCGCGCUGAUCAUGCUGACUUUGACUUUAUGCUCUGUCCGCGCACUCGGACCCCUCCCGCAGCGGCGACUACUUUAUGCACCGCUCGGGUUUGUUUCAUAGCUUCUUUCUCGACGAGCUCUCCUCUUUGCGGCGAACUCAGCUCACGACGCGCACCGCUGCUGCCGGAAUGAUCAAGCCAUCAGACGUGGAUGUAGCGCUAUACCGAGCGGCCAGCGCAUCAGACCUCCCUUCGGAGCUCUUGUCGCACGUCCGAGUGCUUGUACCACGCUCUCGCAACGCAGUCAAGGAGGCGUGGUCACCUUUUGCGGAUAUUCCCCUAGGCUCUGCGUUCUGCGUCGCAUACUCUCCUCCCUUUCCCUUGGAUCUGCUGCUCACGCGGACCGAUGCUCGAGCAUACAGCGAGGUGUUUUCGUAUCUGCUGGCCUUGCGCUCGACAAGCUCCAGACUGCGGGAUGCGUGGACCAGCAUGUCGAAAGCGCAGCGUUUGAGGAGAAAAUUCACCGGCACGAGUGAGGGCGGCGGUAAUACGAUGGAGGAGCACGCGCGUUCGGAGCUGCUCAGGCUCGGUUGGAACAUUGCGAGGGAAGGGCUCUGGAUCAUCGAUAGCCUAGUCGGGCAUUUUCAAGUGAGCAAAAAGCGGGCUUGUAUGUGCGCCCAGACAGCGGCUCACCGACCUUGAUUGCAACUCACAGACGGACAUUAUCGACGUUCAAUACAGUCGCCUCAUUGCUCAAUUGGAGCUCGAAUCGAUCAAUGCCAUCGAUCAUGCCCAUCCACUGUCGGCCCAGCCAAGCGGGCGGAGUGUCGCACAGCCCGCUUCCGGAGCCGCGUUGCGCCGCUCCAGAGUGGCGGCCAGCGCUACUGGUCGACCAGUAUCACCCGACAAUCCAGACGCGCGUCCGCGAACGAGUUCUGGUUCAGGUCGCAGAGCUUCAGAGGCCGGCUUGGCCAGGUCCAGAUAUGGCAGUGGACCUGCAGCAGCAGCUGCAGCAGCGGCUCUAUCGCGAGGUGCGCCAUCCCUCGUCGCUUCUCGCAGGCACGGCGGAGCUGCGACGCUAGCGGGUCACUCUUCUCACAUUGGGCCACUCGGCGCGUCCAUCGUCACGGCUCCAGAGGGCACUUCUCAGCUCGACUUUUCCACACUGCGCUCGGCGCACACGGCAUUUUUGGCUUUCGUCGUCGAUGGCCUCUUGCUGAGGUCUCCUCGGGCGACGACGCUCAUUCGAGCUAUCUGCGACACGUGUCAAAAGUUUGCGGGACUGGUGGCCAGUCGAUGGGGAGGUGAUGUAUUGCCUGGUCUGCUCGAAGAAGGAAGCAUUGGGGACACGACGUCUGCAAGAGACGGAGUGAGCAACACGAUCGAUGAGAGGACGAGAGCGAUGAACGAUGUUUCCGAUGUGAGUGCUUUGCCGAGCAUCGGUCGACGUCGCACGUGUUGACCGUGCCGGCUCGCUUGAUCCCCUGCAGACCUUGCGCGGUCAGCUCGACGAAUUCUUUGCUCUCCUCUCGACCGCUUCGGCUGGUCCCGGCGCGCGCGACGCCCAUGGCAACAACGGAUCUGGCAGCGGAGGGGCGAGCGGGACGAGCAUGGCGAUCGAUGCGUCCAUCGCCAGCGUGUCCAUGUCCACCUAUGCUCGCCCAGGUCGAACAGGCGGUGGCAAAGUCGGUGCGGAUGGUGCGGGACUGAAGAAGGCACAGGGGCAGGGGCCCAACGCAUCCAAGGCAAAGACGAAGGUGACCGAGGCUAGAUUGGACGCUGAUAGUGCGGCUAGGAGGCAUUUGGACGCUCUGCUGCUCAGACUGGACUUUUCCGGCUGGCUUUCGCGCAGAGAGACGGAGAGGAGGGAGAGGGAGAAGAAAGCUGCGCAGAGGGGAGCACGGGAAAGGGAGGAUGAGAGCUUGGAGGAGGAGGAGGAGAGGGAGCAGAGGGAGCAGAUGGCCAAGUUGCGAGUUCUGGAUGAUCUGAGGAAGCAAGGGCAAAGGCAAGGGCAAGGGCAAGCUGCGGCAACGGCGUAG